UGCCCCGCGGAGGGAAGGAAUCAGGGAAGGCCUGUUCGCUCUAACACUCGCGAUGAUUGGAUCCAUCUCUUCUUGCCAACCUAGAAGUUCGUAGACCGGGAGGUGGGGCGGGAGGCGGCAGUUUUGGGCGGGUCAGGGCGGAGCUGAGGAGACGGCGGAGGCGGAAGCGGCGGCUUGAGGGGCGGGGAAGGGGCUGGCCCCGGAAGGCGGAGGAAACACUGAAAAGAAAACAGCAACAAGCUGAGCUACGGUGACAGAGGGAAACAAAAUGGCGGCGCCGAAGGGGAGCCGCUGGGUCAGGGCCCAGCUGGGGCUCCCGCCGCUGCUGCUGCUGACCAUGGCCCUGGCCGGAGGCUCGGGGACCGCUUCGGCUGAAGCGUUUGACUCGAUCUUGGGUGAUACGGCGUCUUGUCACCGGGCCUGUCAGUUGACCUUCCCCUUGCAUACCUACCCCAAGGAAGAGGAGUUGUACGCAUGUCAGAGAGGUUGCAGGCUGUUUUCAAUUUGUCAAUUUGUGGAUGAUGGAAUUGAUUUAAAUCGGACCAAAAUGGAAUGUGAAUCUGCAUGUACAGAAGCAUAUUCCCAAUCUGAUGAGCAAUAUGCUUGCCAUCUUGGUUGCCAGAAUCAGCUGCCAUUCGCUGAACUGAGACAAGAACAACUCAUGUCCCUGAUGCCAAAAAUGCAUCUACUCUUCCCUCUAACUCUGGUAAGGUCAUUCUGGAGUGACAUGAUGGACUCUGCUCAGAGCUUCAUAACCUCUUCAUGGACUUUUUAUCUUCAAGCUGAUGAUGGAAAAAUAGUUAUAUUCCAGUCUAAGCCAGAAAUCCAGUAUGCACCACAGUUGGAGCAGGAGCCUACAAAUUUGAAAGAAUCGUCGCUAAGCAAAAUGUCCUAUCUGCAAAUGAGAAGUUCACAAACACAUAGGAACUAUCUUGAAGAUGGAGAAAGUGAUGGCUUUUUAAGAUGUCUGUCUCUUAACUCUGGGUGGAUUUUAACCACGACUCUUGUCCUCUCGGUGAUGGUGUUGCUCUGGAUCUGUUGUGCGACCGUCGCUACGGCUGUGGAGCAGUAUGUUCCCUCUGAGAAGCUGAGUAUCUAUGGUGACUUGGAAUUUGUGAAUGAACAAAAGCUAAACAGAUACCCAUCUUCUUCUCUUGUGGUUGUUAGGUCUAAAGCUGAAGACCAUGAAGAAGCAGGGCCUCUACCUACAAAAGUGAAUCUUGCUCAUUCAGAAAUUUAAGCUUUUUUUUCUUUUUUAAAGGAAGGGUAAUAGACAUCUAAAUUUUCAUUCCUCAUAGAGCUUCUAAAGAUGGUUUCAUUGGAUAGGACUUAAAAAUCACUAUAAAAUGCAAAUAAAGUUACCCAAAUCUGUGAAGACUGUAUUUGCUGUAACUUUAUCUGUAAUUUCUUUCCUAAUAAUUUAAGAGAUGGAUAUUUGGGGUUGCAUUUUUAUUUUACUAAUACCUGUAGCUAUUUUAUUAUUUACAUUGUUUUUGUUUGUUUUCUUUCUUAGCCAAAUUCUGUGAGCUGAUCAUUGCUCUUCCCCACCUCCUGCCAUAAUACUGUCUGUCACCUUAGUUAAUAAACUGAAUACUCAAUAGGAUUUGAUGCUUUUGCUCAGAAAUGGCCCACAAGCUGUGUUUUGAGAUUUAGCAGGAAAUGCCCUUUAAUGACACUACACUUUCAGUGGUAUUGACUGAAAUCAUUAAAAUUUUAUUUGAAUAAUUAUGUGCCGAAAUUUGAGUUAAUAUACUCCUGAUUUUCCAGAUCGUUCCUUUCACCCCUACCCAACCAGAAAAGAAUUAUGAAAUGUUCUGUCUAUUGCUAUGUAAUAGGAUGAUCAGAGAACAAACUGAAGCAAAGAUGAACCUCUAAGAAGUACGUUUUAUGUUAUUUUGUAUAGUCUCUAGAAUUUUUGUUGGAUGAGUCUUUCCAAAGAACUGUUUUUCUCUGUUAGAAAGCAUAUCAUGUGUAAGUUAAAGAUAUUUUCAGAGAAAAUGUUUCAUGUUGACAAUAAGAAUCAGACUCUUGUGAUGCAGAAUUAAGUAUAGAUUUCACACUUGGCAAAGACUUGUUAUCAUUCCUUUAACCUACAGUAAUGCAGAUUUAAGAGUAAGGGUGACAUUAGGUGACACAGUGCACCUCGGUCUCAACAUGAUCCAGUGUCUUCACAGCACGGAGCGUUACAGACCUUUGCAGAGCAGUACUCUCCUGACUCGCCGGGCGUUGCUGGCACAGGCGGUAGGGCCACUUGAGCGCCGUGAGUCACACCUUACCACACAGCUGGACUGUCCGCUUGCUCGCGGUCAGGAGGAAACACAGUUAACUACGCAAGUCACACUUGGGUCACGAAAUGAUAGGUUUGGGUUUUUUAAAGAGUUUGUCUAGACUUGGGAGAGAGGGGUUUGAAAGUACGUGCACACAUCCAGAUGGGGAAGAGGGAAGGAAUUACUGGGCAGUCAUCUAGCGGUCAUUGUCCCUUUCUUAUUUCUUGUGAGAAAACAGUUGAAAAACAUGAGGCAAAGAUUAGAGUCACCUAAAAAAAAAGUCUUAUCCCCCCCCAUGAUACAUACUUAUAUCCCUUAAUGGGGCACAGGCUUAACAGUAAUGCACCCAAUGAAACAAGCUGAGGGGGAGAUCUGCAAAGUGCUGCACGUGUGUAGGAGCUUGAGAGCCCUGAGGCCUUAGGAAAGGCCUCCCUUCUAAAACAGCACAAAGUGAAGCCUACAUAAGGAGCAACUGGAUAAUUGUCCUGGAUUCUACCCCCUUCCCUUGGUCUUGUUUCUCUUUGCUUCUUGAAUGAGGUACCCCUGAGACACUCUUAUUCCUCUUGAAAGUACUGAUUCGAGUUUAGACAAACUUUCCCCUCUUGUUUAUGAGACAGUUCCAUAGAUGUGGCAAUACCCAGUCAUUCCUGUUAUUUAGUAGGCACUCAAAUAUUCGUGUUCUGCCUUUUUAGUUUAGCAUGAUUAGACCAGACUGACAUUUUCAGGAAAAGUUUUACUUUAAACAACAAACUCACCACCCCCCUAAAAUUCCAUCACAAGCAACAAAACCAGUCCUUUCUUUUAAAGUUUAGCCCUUCUUGGAUGGGUCCCUCUUCACUUGUUUCCAUGAGACAGGCAGCACCUGCUUUCCUACCACACAGCAUCUUGAGAAUCUUAUCUUGGUCCUAGGCAAAUUGUCAAGACCCUUGAGUCUCUGAUUCAAACCUCCCAGGCUCCCAAGAAGGUCCUUGGAUCAGGUCCCUGGUCUAAGAGACAUACUAAUUCAGACAGUUGCAGAGAAGGCAGUAACCACCGUAGUGAAUGAUCUAGGCCCAAGAUUCCCAAUCUUUUCACAAAACUUUACAGACCCUUUUAUUUAUGAUACGUUUUUCCAGUAAGUCAGAAAUUACCAGGUUAUCUGGCCUAUCAAUAUCGUCUCAGAGAGAUGGCAUGCAUUAUCAGCCAACCUGAGCUGCUGAUCAUCGUAUGAAAUCUACUAUUUUUACUCUGAUAGUCCAGCCAAAAGCAAACAACUUUAUCCUUUGUUACUGGUCUGGCUUUAUCUUAGAUAUAUGUGCCAUUUCCACUAUGAUUUUGAAAUAUAUAAAAUAGCUGUUAAGAUUUUUAUGGGCUCUUAAGUAUCUUAGGACACGUAUUGGGAAUUAUUGAUCUAGAAUUAUUGAUCUAUUUCUAGACCUUUUUGGAUAAAAUUAACCAGCCCCACCCCACCCCCGACUUUUGGAGCAAACUAUAAAACAAGUCUUAUCUGAGUUCCAUACCACCACACCAUGGUGGGGAUUUUGCACAGGUAUCCUCUUCCAGAUUCAGUGUUAACUAUCCAACAACCACUUGAGAGCCUGAGUGUCCUGCCUUGUGCUGGGUGAUAGGACUUCAGCAACAAACAAAAAUGGUUCCUCAAAGUCUGGGGACUAUUAAUGUGAUAAGGUCUAUGACCAGAUAAGCAUAGAGUACUGUGGGAGGACGUAGGAAGACCUAUGGGAGGAAGCAGUAUCACAGCUUAAACCUGGAGGAGGAGGAGGGAAAGUUAAACAAAAAAAUACUCCAGGCAGUGGGAGCCAUGCACGGAAAGACCUAGAUGCCCGAGGGUGGGGACAGCAAAUUGGUUAGCAGGUUGUGGUAGAGCAUGCAAGAGCGUAGCAAUGGAUGUGGCUGGGCAGGCAAGAUAAUAAAGGACCUUAUAAAACCUGAACUUGAUCCUGAGCACAAUGGAAGCCAUAGGAAGGUUUUUAAGCAAGAGAGUUACAGUGUUUUAGAACCAUUCACUUGCCAGCAAUGUGCAGGUAGACCAGAAGGGCAAGUUCAGAAGCCGAAGGUAUCAGUUCUGUAGUAACCUCUAAGAUCUAUUAAAUUGUAUACUUAUCCAGCCACACUGAAAUGGGAAAUUCCAUUUCCUUCCCAGAGUUCUUUUUUUUUUUUAAUGCCCAAUACUAUUUCAUUUUACUUCACAUGUAUUUUUGAGCCCUUAUCUAUAAGUCUCUCUAUGCCUCCACAUUAUUGUUUGGAUGGUAAAUCCUAGGACUGGUCUCAGGGGUCCUGAUCACAAUCUAAGUGCUGCCAAGCAGACUGGGAAGGCUGUUCUGUGGAGCCCAGGCUUCUUACCAGACUUACAUUGGGCUAAAUUUUUAAACCACAAUGCUAGGUCAACUUACCACUAUGCUCAAAUUCUAGGUUUGCCAACCGAGCCUCUAUGAACCCAGUGUGCUUCUGAGCCCCUCCCACCAGGUGUCCAGUUGCUAAGAUUGUCAUGUUUACAUUUGAGUAUCAACAUCUGAGCUACCUUUUUAAUCUUCCUUUCCUUGACUACUUGUUCUAAACUAGAGUCUGGGAGUAGAAGUAUGUACAGUAAUAGAGAUCAAAGAGUGAAAUAGUGGAAAAUGUGGACUUCUGUGAGAAGCUAGCUUGUACAAUCUGUGGAUUUUCCGACUCCUUGGAAUAAUUAGGUUGGGAAGCAUAGUUUAUAUACCUUUUCUCAAAUUUGUGAUUGUUGAAGCUCCAUAUACUUCACAAUUAAGUGUUCUCUUCCUGUGAUGUUGAUGACUUAACUUGUUGAGAGCAAGUGUUCAUAACCUUUUUCACACCAUGGACCUUUUUGGCAAUCUGAUGAAGCCUGUGGACUCCUCAGAAUCAUGUUUUUAGAUGCAUAACACUAAAUAUGAAGGACUGCAAAGGAAACUAAUUAUGUUAAAAUAUAGUUAAGACAUUUUUAAGAUUUUGUGGUUGUGUAUAUAUGUUCUUCUUUAUUAACACAUAAAUAAAGGUCUAGUGGUACUUCUAGAAUCUCUGUAAUUCCAAAGUAAUUUCAGGUUAUUAUUUCAAAAUAACCUGCAACAAUUGUAAUAUCUGAAUCUCUGUGGUUUCUAUUGGUGACAAAGUCACAGGUACUGUUCAUAGACUGUCGAUUGUGGCCUACAUUCAUAGUUGAAGGAAAUGCUAUAUUUCCGUUAGAAGUUAGUGAAAAUAAAGAUUUAUUUCUUUCCCAUCUAAGUGCACUAAACCCUUGGUUUAGAGGUUGUCUAACUUGCCAUUUUUUUUAAAGUUUCUAUUUAAAUUCCAGUUAGUUCACAAACAGUUUUACUUUGUCAUUUUAGGAGCAAAAUAUUUUUGUUUGUUCAAUUCUAAAUUAUUUGGGCCUUUUUUUUUCCUUUUUUUACUGUUUCCUGUGUGCUUUUUAUACUUGAAUUGUUCUGCAACAUUGGGACAGCAAUAAUUGAAGGCUUGGGUGGAAAGAAAUUAGUGACUGAUUAGACAACAAAAGCUCGAUAAUGUUACCUCAAGACAUACUGUCGUGCAGUCAUUGCUGGAGCCCUGCACCUGUCGAUUCAUAAUGCAUAAGUAUGUAAACUUCGAUAAAAUCUGGAUCAUCUGCAUUAAACAAUACUGUAAUGCUA